AUGGGUUCCACCAUCGGGAACUAUCCCGCGGCACUUGUUCUAUAUUUUGUGUGUAUGGGACUAUGGUAUCCAAUUUUAGCCCAAGAUUCAGUUGAUAUUUUUACCAACACAACUAUCUCUAAAGGCGAUGUUGGGCAUCCAGCGAACGUAACCUGUGAAGUUUACCCAGAGAACGCCACGAUCAGCUGGCUCUUUAAUGGUAAACGCCUUGAGAGUACAAGUCACGAGCGGAUAAACAUUACAAGCAACAAAGGACUACUGCCUGGAAGAGACGGCGAUGGCUCCCAAAACAAAACCAUCGUAUCCACGAUCAGCAUAUCAAACCUCACCUACGACGAUGCCGGCAACUACACAUGCCUGGCAAAAGUUGGUGAAAACACUGCCAAUCAGACCGAACUUCUAGAUUUGAGCUUUAAUGGUAGACUCUUGAAGACCACGGGGAGCAUCAAGGUGAAUUAUACUGAUCACAGUAAUGUGUCCAUGAUGUGUGAUUUUGAAGUGUACAAUCCUGUCGUAGUCAAAUGGAUGAAGCGAGGCAAAACUCCAGAGGAAAAUACUUUAUUAAAAGAAGAUUCAGAAUUAACAACGAUAGGAGUAAAACAGGUCCAAAGUAUCUACCAUCUCCAUAUUUUACACAAAGAUGAUCAGGGUAUCUACAUUUGCGAAGUUGAAGAUACAGUAUCUGGCAAUAACAUUACAGGCACUAUAGAAGUGCUAAUCUAUGCACCCCCCACGCUUAUCAUCGAUCGGGUGAUACCGAUAAAUACAACAGAAUUAUACAUAAAUUGGACCGUGCAGACGUAUAAUUCAAAAAUAGACAACUAUGCACUAAGUUAUGCUUUAGCGGGAAAUACAACCUUCGUGUACAAACCACAGAAAAUAAAUAUAGAAAAUACCUCUUUUGUAAUAAAUGAUCUUGAAAAAAAUACAACAUACAGAAUUAAAUUGGAGGUAAAGACAGCGUACGGCAGAUCAUCUAAUAUUUAUCCUGAAAAUGUAACGACUUUGGCCGAAGAACCUGAAUUUAAACCGAAUAUAUCUAUUAAUGGUUUUUCCGCUACAUCUGUGACCAUUGGCUGGCAAGCUCCGCCAGCACACAUUGCUAAACUUAUACAUUACUACGAGCUGACUGCUACAAAGAAGGGCGAAUCCAAUACUACUUUCAAGACCUGCUAUUCAAGGGACGACAGUGAUCUACCUUAUAUGUUUGCCAAUCUAAAACCACACAGCACCUACGUGUUUCAGGUGCAAGCAUGUUCUGAUUAUGCAAAGAAGUGUGGACCAUUAUCUGACAAGAUGGAGGCAGCCACCCUGGAUGGUGUUCCUAGUAUGCCUAUCAAUGUGACUGCUGUCUGUAAUAUUGAUUACCUUAACUUAACAUGGAAACCUCCUUUAAAUCCCAAUGCUGAAAUAAAAGGAUAUACAGUUGAAAUAACUGGUACAUCGGAUUUCGUUGAUCGCUACGGUUAUAAUAAGAGGGCUACAUUUGGACCAUUAUCAAAGUUUUUGACCAAUGAAUCUACCAGCAUCAGGGUGAACGAGCUGACACCCAAUACACUGUACACGGUGCACGUAAGCGCGAUGACACGGACACGGCGGCGAGGAGAGGAAGGUACUGCCACUUGCCAAACAUAUCCAACCAUACCUGACGCACCGCCUAAACCGCGAUGGAGAAAGAUUUUGGAGAACGAUACUUACAUGUUUAAGAUGUAUUUACCGAGAAUCUCGGAGAGGAACGGCCCUAUAUGUUGCUAUAGAGUGUACAUGGUCCGUCUAGUGCCAGGCAUGGACUGGAAGAAGUUACCUUCGUCGCCUCGGAGUAUAAACGUCGUGGAUUACGAAGAGGCACACAAAAUGUCACAAACGGUGACAGCUUACGUCACUGAUAUUUUUUCUAAUGCUAAGUUUCCUUCAGAUUCCGAAAUAGUACUAGGUGAUGAAAAAUCCAUAUUUGAUCCUAAGUCGGACCAAAAAUUAAGUAGUGAGAAGUGUCGUCGAUGUCUGAAAAAGCACAAGUGGGUGCCACCACCACCACCGCCGCCACCCGUUACCACCAGUACUACCGUCACCACACCAGACGAUCUCGUCGAUUCUCUCGUUGAAUACGAUAUGACAGAGGAUCCAACAGAUCCAGCACCUAAGAGGGAUAGGCGAUCUGCUUCUGAUGGUGACUACAGCAAUGACCCAACGAUGUCUAACAAGUUGACUGAUGUAAAAGACAAUAUUAAUGUGAAAGACGGGCCUCUCGAAUCUAACGCCAAUUAUACGUUGUUUGUUGAGUUAAUCUCGGAGGUGGAGAGCGAGGAGUCCAUCUUCAGCGACUACACGUCGGCACUGCAGGCCGCGCCCAGCGCGCCCGUGGCCUUGCCCGCCUCGGCGCUGGAGAUCGCUCUGCAGAUAACGUGUGGCGUGGCCGGUAUAAUCCUGGUGCUGAUGAUCGCGUUCUGCAUCCUGCAGACACGGCGCACGCGCAAGAUGCAGCCGCACGCACAAUUCGAACUGCACAACCCCAUCACUGCCGCUAUAAGGUACUGGGACAGCAUCCGUGGUCACCGACCGAUGGCCGCACAGCUGCCACCGGAGAUACCGCCAAUAGCUAAGGAGGAUCUCGCGAUGGAGUACCUUAAGCGGCAGGUCGACUCCGAUUACGGCUUCCAGAAGGAAUUCGAAUUGUUACAGAUGUUACCGGAAUGCUUUCCCGACCGAACCUGUCACGCUUCUGAAGCUAGAGAAAACCAGCCUAAGAACCGAUAUCCAGAUAUCAAAGCUUACGACCAGACCAGGGUCAAACUAACACAGAUAGACAGCAUCAAUGGAUCGGAUUAUAUCAACGCCAAUUAUGUCCGGGGAUAUCAGGAGCGGAAACAAUACAUCUGCGCACAAGGCCCCACGGACACAACCUGCAAUGACUUCUGGCGCAUGAUAUGGGAACUGGGAUUGGAGAUCAUCGUAAUGCUGACCAACCUCGAGGAGUAUUCCAAGAUUAAGUGCUCUAAGUAUUGGCCCGAUGAGGGAACAUCUAGAACCUUCGGCAACAUUACUGUUCAUCAUGUCUGUGAAAAACGAUAUUCAGACUACAUGGUUCGUGAACUUAAAAUAUAUAAGACCGCUACGAACGCUGAUGGACAGCCCAUAGUAGAGAACAACGGAAUCGCAAAGAGGAAUGGAGACAUAAAAGAUGGACAUUCAGAAACGAGUGCGCCUACAUCUCCGCGAGAGGUGAAAGAGUGCGGUGAGAGCCGCACGGUGCGCCAGUUCCACUUCCUCCGAUGGAAGGACUUCGGCGCGCCUGAACAUCCACAUUGCGUUCUCAGAUUCAUCAAGAGGGUCAACGAGUCAUGGUCGAAUGUGGUUGGUCGACCACUUGUGGUGCACUGCUCAGCGGGCGUGGGCCGCACCGGCACCCUGGUGGCCGUGGACUUGCUGCUAGACCAGCUUCGUGAGACCGGACAGGUGUCUGUUUUCAACACAGUCGCUGACUUGCGGAGACAAAGGAAUUUCCUCGUACAGUCAUUGAGGCAAUACAUAUUCGUAUACCGAGCGCUAGUCGAGUACGCGCACUUCGGAGACACGGAAAUAAACGCUUCAGAACUGAAGCCGGCCGUCGACAAGCUGCGUAACACUCCUGAAGGCGCUGACAAAUGUCUCAUGGAAUAUGAGUUUGAGAAAAUGCUCGUUAAUCCCGUGAUGGAUCCCCCAAAGCCUAUGGCAGCGGCCGCUGCUGAAGAAUUACGGGCGAAGAAUCGAAAUGCAGACUAUUUACCUUAUGACAGAAACCGCGUCAUGCUGACGCCAAUCCCCGGGAGGGAUUACUCCGCGUAUAUUAACGCAUCUUUCAUUGAAGCUUACGACAAUGUAGAAACAUUUAUAAUCACACAAGAUCCUUUACCAAAUACUAUCUUAGACUUUUGGCGAAUGGUGUCGGAACAUCACGUCACUACCAUAGUCAUGCUGAGUGAGCUUGGCGAAGGCAAAUGCCCUCGGUACUGGGACGACGGCACAGCGGAGUAUGAACACAUGUCGGUUCAUUAUGAAGAAAGCGAGUCAUGUCCUUAUUAUACGAGGCGGCAGUUUAGAGUUGUGAAUGAAAAGAACGGCGACAGCUCGUACGUGCGCCAGCUGCAGUACCAGGGCUGGCCCACGGCGCGCGGCCACGUGCCCGAGGUCACGCGCGGCCUGGCCGAGCUGGCCGACGCCGCCGGAGCCGCUCUGCGCGCCGACCAACAGGGAACCAUGCUCGUGCACUGCCAGUUCGGAACGGAGCGGUCGCCGUUGUUCGUGGCGCUGUGCGGGCUGAUCAAGCAGCUGCGCUGCGAGCGCAAGGUGGACGUCGGCGGCGCCGCGCGGACGCUGCGCGCGCAGCGGGCGCGCACCAUCGACACUUUCUUACAAUACGAAUUCCUGUACCGUGCCAUACUAAAUUACGCAGAGCUACACAACCUACUAGAAGACAGUUAA